AAAUUUCGCAGUUUAGCUGGUGGGUUUCAGCGAAACAGACAAAAGUGAGACCAUCUGAGUGAAUUGGAAUUAGAUACUGUUGAAGCAGAGUAUCUGUGUUAUUGAAAGAUUGUUGGGUGCUGUUAAAAGUGUAUUUCGAAUAGUUGACCUAAAAAUUCGCCAACAAUGAGUGACUUAACUGAUUCAAUUGCCCGCCUCCAAGCCUUACGUGAACGAAUUAGGAAAGCAGAGGAAGCUGCAGCGCGAGAGGAACAAUUGAGGAGAGAAACUGAGGAAGCAGCUACUAAACUUGUAAUGGAAAAUGCAGACAUCAAGCAUGAAGUGACCAAGGAAAGGCAGAAUCUGGAGGAAUGUGUGAAACAAUAUGAGCAGCUGGACUCUCAGAAGGGCAACAUUGAGAAGACAUUACAGAACAUUCAAAAUUAAGGAUCACCAAGGUUAUGUCUGGAAGAAUAACUCAUACAGCUGAGACGAAUGGCUAAACAAAAUGAGUGUUGACUAUAUAAGGGACACGUAACCGUCAAAAAUAUAAAUUAUAAUUAAGAAAAAAACUGAUUGUAACCUACUUGUUUUAUAUCCUUUCUGAAUAAAUAUAGGACCCGGCAAA